UCUUCUCAUCAAUCAAUCAUCACAAAUCCCAAAUAUCUAAUCUCUUCUCUCAUCACUCUCACAAUUUCCAUUCUAUCAUGCUCAGCGUCAAUCCUCUGCCGCAGUUGAUUUGAUAUCAACUAUGGAAAUAUCGCUGACCUCGGUCGCCCCGAGACCGCCGGCGACGGCGUGUCGUUGGGGCCGCGGCGGUGGUUGUUUGAGCGGGCGUAUCGUUAUGAGGAGGACGAGGUUUGGGGUGGUGAUGGCGAAGGUUAAUGGCGGCGGCGGAGAAGUGGUGGAGGGUGGGGAUAGAAAGAGUGGUGGAGGACGAGGAGGGUACACGGUGCCGGCUAUGGAGGUGACUACAUUUAACCAGAGCUACAAUGAUUCAGCUGCUGCGGACUUGCUCGUGUGGGAGAAGAUUGGAGCUAUUGUGCGCCUUGGAUAUGGAAUCGGAAUAUAUGGUGCAAUGGCUUUGGCCGGGCGGUUUAUAUGCUCCAUAUCUGGGAUUGAUUGCAGUGGAGGAUUCAAUCUAACGUUAAACGCCAUCGUUGAAGGAUUGGGAUAUGCAGCUCCUCCAAUUAUGGCCCUUCUCUUCAUACUAGAUGAUGAAGUUGUUAAGCUGUCUCCUCAUGCUCGUGCAAUCAGAGAUGUGGAGGACGAGGAACUACGGGGCUUCUUCUAUGGAAUGUCACCAUGGCAGUUUAUGCUCAUUGUUGCGGCAAGUUCUGUAGGAGAGGAGCUCUUUUAUCGUGCUGCCGUUCAGGGAGCAGUAGCAGAAAUAUUUCUCAAGAGCGGUGAUUUGAUUAGUAAUGCCCGAGGAAUGGCUUCAUUGGCUGGUGUGCUGCCUCCAUUCGUCCCAUUUGCACAAGCAUUUGCUGCUGUCAUCACGGCUGCUCUUACUGGUUCUCUUUAUUACAUGGCUGCCUCUCCUAAAGACCCUACAUAUGUAGUUGCACCAGUACUGAUGUCACGCUCUGGUCGUGAAGAUCUGAAAAAGCUCUUUGCUGCCUGGUACGAAAGGAGGCAAAUGAAGAAGAUAUACUCUCCUCUCUUAGAGGCACUUCUGGCGCUGUAUCUCGGAUUCGAAUGGAUCCAAACAGACAACAUUCUGGCACCUAUUUUAACACAUGGAAUAUACUCGUCUGUGGUUCUAGGCCAUGGCCUCUGGAAGAUACACGACCAUCAACGGAGACUACGCGAGAGAGUUCACAAGCUCAAAGCUCAAGGAAAAUCUUCGAGGAAGUUGUGAAGAUAGAGCUCCAACUUGUACAGAAUAGUGUUCCACGACAUAAAAGUCUUGAAAUGAAUCAUAUACUUGGCUUUGUAGAGGCAUAUAUAGGGCGAAUACAUUGAGAAAUUAGGAAAAUCAGCUUUUGAUUCUCUCUUCA